AUGGCUUAUGGUGCUGUUUGUUGUCUUGAGCUGAUAAUUGAGCGCCUUUUGAAAUCAUCACAUAUUUCUGUUAUUCAAAAUUCAUCCCCACAGAUCUUAAAACAUCUGUACGAUGAGAUUCUUUCCUUAAAAGAAGCUCUUGGAGAAUUCGAUGAAAGGAGGAGCACCAUUAACAUGAAGAUGGUCAAAACUUUGGAGGCAGGAAUCAUAGAUGCGAUAUACGAAUUCGAAGAUGUGCUUGAACCCCAUGUCACGAAUCAGUUCCAUUCGCAAUCCGAAAAAGAGACCAAUCAUCCUCCAUUAAUGGUAUACUCAGUAGAUCUGCAUGAAAUAAAGCAAGAUGUCGAUUCAUUUAUCCAAACGAUGAACAAGAUGAAGAGGGCCUACAUUCAUGAGUUGCACAACCCUUCCCCCGACGACGAAGAAGAAGAAGAAGAUGAUAGUUUUGUCUCUUCAAGAAUUGAUUUUGGUGGAAAAGAUGAGUCGUAUAACAUGGUUGGAUCAUCCGAUCUAUUUAAGAGAAUCAAAGACCGGCUUACUUCCUCACAAUCGGAAACGACGUUUGUGUCGCUCUUGGGGAUGGCAGGCAUUGGCAAAACUACUCUUGCAAAGAAACUCUUUCAAGAUCCCUUCAUUGUGAGUCGUUACACCGCACGUGUGUUCGUGACAAUAGGCCCGAAAUAUCGAUUUUCGGACAUCUUGGUGGAUAUUCUAAGACAACUGAAUGCUCCCGGCAUUGAUGAAGUAGUGCUUGUGGAAAGCGAAAAUGUAUUGGGCGAGUUGAAAAUGAUGGUUUACAAAAGUUUAAAGAAUUUGAGGUUUUUGGUCGUGUUCGAUGAUGUAUGGGACAGAGAGCUAUAUUUUGGCUCAUUUCCAAACAACCAAAAUGGUAGUCGAGUGUUGCUCACAACUAGGAUUGCAGAAGUCGCUCAGUCUGCUCACCCUUUGAGUACUUUCAAAAUACCCUUCCUUGAUAAGAAAGAAAGUUGGAAUCUUCUUCGUGAGAAGGUGUUUGGUGAACAAGAGUCGUUCUCUUAUGAACUUGCAAAAGCAGGAAAGAAGAUUGCGGAGAAUUGUGAAGGCCUUCCACUUACAAUAGUCACAGUUGCCAACAUCCUUCCCAAAGCUGACAAGACUUUAGAGUACUGGAACAAAAUAGCUAAUGAGAAACAAAAUUCGGUUUACAAGGAUGCGUACGAUCAAAUGUCAAAGGUACUAUAUCCAAGCUACGACUACUUAGAUCAACAUUUAAAAGCAUGUUUUUUAUGCAUUGGAGCUUUCCCACAAAAUUGUUUGAAAUACCCAUCACAAUUGAUCGACUUGUGGAGUGCUGAAGGAUUUCUCAACUUAAAUGGUACCGAUGUUUAUAUGGGUCAGCUUUUCAGCAGAAACGUUAUCCUGUUCGAUGCAAAAACAUGCGCAUAUCACCUUCAUUCAUCCUUUUGGUACAUGUGUAACAAGGAAGCUACCAAGACCAAGUUGUUCUAUGCCUUAAAUUGUCCUGCGGAUGCUUUACCAGAAGAAGGUAUAAAAAGCAAGCGCCGAUUGUGCAUACGAAAUAAUGUUCUACUUGCCAUGGAAGAUGUGCAAAAAUCAAUUGCAUCUGCUUCAACGGUACGCUCUCUCAUAUGUACCGGUCCUUUUCAUCGUUAUCCAGUAAAGUUGUUUUUGGAAGAUUUAUGGUUGCUCAGGGUAUUGCACGCUUAUGGUAUCAAAUUCUACGAAUUCCCAAUGGAAGUGGUGAAACUAGUUCAACUAAGACACCUCGACCUCGUUUACGGUGGAACUCUCCCUACUUUCAUUUCCAAACUUCGGAACCUUCAGCAAUUGAUUGUUAAACAACAUCAGAUCAUCGUAAAAUCCACUGGGAAUAUAUCUUAUAUGCCUAUUGAGAUAUGGAAUAUGAAAGAAUUGAAGUAUCUCCAGACAGCGGGGAGAGACAUGCCACAUCCAUGUGGUGAAGGAUCUCUCCUACCGAACCUCUUAAAACUAAAUGCUGUCGGUCCUCAAAGUUGUAACAAAUACGUGCUCGAAAAAACACCUAAUCUCAAGGAAUUAUCGAUUAGAAUCGAUCUACCUAUUGAAGCUAGUGAGCCCUUCAGCUGCUUUGAUCACAUUUCCCAUCUCCAUCAAUUGAACAAACUACAAUGCUAUGUUAUGAAUCCUGUGUUGAAGACGACAGAGGUUGUCACCCCACUUGCCCCUCUUUCGGACAUCCCAUCAAGUCUUACAGAGUUAAUUUUGUGCGGCUUCGGAUAUCCGUGGGAAGAAAUAAUCAAGAUUUCUUCAUUGCCUAAUCUUAAAUAUCUGACGUUGGACUGCUACGCCUUUCGAGGCCCAAAGUGGGAGGUUCUUGGCGACGAAUUCCCGAAGCUUGAAAGUCUUCAAAUUGAGGGCACUGAUCUGGAGCAAUGUACGUCUCGAAGUUACUGCUGCCUCCCUGCGAUAUUGUCCGUUAGGAUCGCAAACUGCUACAAGUUAAAAGAGAUCCCUCUCGCAUUUGGUACAUCUAUUCGAAGCAUGCAAGUCGACGACUGCAGCACGAAGGCCGUCGAGUGCGCAAACAAGAUAAAUCAGGAUUGGGAAGAAAAAUAUGGUGAUAAAAAUUUGUUAUCUGUUUAUGUCCGUUCUUCAUGGGAUGAUUCUCCACAAGGUUAA